AUGGCCAGGGGCUGCCUCUGCUGUUUGAAAUACAUGAUGUUCCUCUUCAAUUUGAUAUUCUGGCUCUGUGGCUGUGGGCUGCUUGGAGUGGGCAUUUGGCUCUCCGUGUCCCAAGGCAACUUUGCCACCUUCUCCCCCAGCUUCCCUUCGCUGUCUGCAGCCAACCUAGUCAUCGCCAUAGGCACCGUUGUCAUGGUGACGGGCUUCCUGGGCUGCCUGGGGGCCAUCAAGGAAAACAAGUGCCUCCUCCUCAGUUUUUUCAUCGUCCUGUUGGUCAUCCUCCUAGCAGAGCUGAUCUUACUUAUCCUCUUCUUUGUCUACAUGGACAAGGUCAAUGAGAACGCCAAGAAGGACCUGAAGGAAGGCCUGCUGCUGUACAACACAGAGAACAACGUGGGUCUGAAGAACGCCUGGAACAUCAUCCAGGCCGAGAUGCGCUGCUGCGGCGUCACCGACUACACGGACUGGUACCCGGUGCUGGGUGAGAGCACAGUCCCCGACCGCUGCUGCAUGGAGAACUCCCAGGGCUGUGGGCGCAACAGCACCACCCCGCUGUGGAGAACGGGCUGCUAUGAGAAGGUGAAGAUGUGGUUUGAUGACAACAAGCACGUUCUCGGGACGGUGGGGAUGUGCAUCCUAAUCAUGCAGAUUCUGGGCAUGGCCUUCUCCAUGACCCUGUUCCAGCACAUCCACCGGACCGGGAAGAAGUACGACGCCUGA